GCGCAGACACGCAGCGUCACAGCACCAUCCGCAGGAGCAGCAGCCACCGCCGGUUACACGGGGAGCUGUCGUGUUGUUUAUUCCACACAACAUAAACUUUUCUCCAAAAUGUCGGGAUUUGACAGCAACCCUUUCGUGGACCCAAUGGAUAUAGAGCCCUUCCAGGAUGCCUCAAUCACACAGGUCACCAGCGGAGCCUCUGAAAACACCGGAGAGUUCAACCCAUUCUCUGCAAAUGACAUGGGAAUCCACACUGGUACAACCAUCCCCAUCUCUGCUGCCUCCUCUCAACCCGCCAUCCUACCGACUUCUGUGGAGCAGAGCGCACAAGCAAACGCAUCUGCUGGCCAGGCUAACCUGAUCAAACAGCAGGAGGAGCUGGAGAAGAAAGCUGCAGAGCUGGAGCGGAAGGAGCAGGAGAUGCAGAACAGGGCUGCAGGCAGAGCGCUCAACACCGGCUCUAAAGAAAACAACUGGCCACCGCUUCCCAGUUUUUCCCCUGUGAAGCCCUGCUUCUAUCAAGACUUUGAGGAGGACAUCCCUGAAGAGUACCGCAGGAUCUGCAAGAGAAUGUACUACCUCUGGAUGUUCCACAGUGCCACUCUGUUCCUCAAUGUGCUGGCCUGCCUGGCUUACUUCACCACAGAUCCUCAGUAUGGCGUUGACUUUGGUUUGUCUAUCCUCUGGUUCAUCCUCUUCACCCCUGUUUCCUUCAUCUGCUGGUACAGACCCGUCUACAAGGCCUUCAGGUCUGACAGCUCCUUCAGCUUCUUUUUCUUCUUUUUUGUCUUUUUCUUCCAAGUGGCAGUGUAUAUCAUCCAGACUGUGGGCAUCCCCAAGUGGGGAAACAGCGGAUGGAUCGCAUCCAUCAGCAUGAUUGGCAAAAACUUGGCUGUGGCUGUGGUGAUGAUGGUGGUGGCCGGUUUCUUCACAGUAAACGCUGUCCUGGCUGUCAUCCUACUGAAAAUGGUCCACUCUAAGUACAGAAGGACAGGGGCCAGCUUCACCAAGGCCCAGCAGGAGUUCUCCCAUGGAGUCCUGACCAACCCAUCAGUGCAGUCUGCUGCGACCAGUGCUGCCACCUCAGCUGCGCAGGGAGCCUUCAGCAGGAACCAGAGGAAUUAGAUUGAUUUUUUUCACAUCCUUCAUGCUACAGGCUAGUCUCUUCUAUGACCAACAAAGCCAUGUCCUAACAUACUUCAACGGGUUAAGGGAAUGGGUUUAAUUAUUUAGUGAAAAGGGCAACAAAAAAAACCAACAUGAAGAAGUUUCUACUCACUUUAACAUCUGCCUAGUGAAGUGUCCCCGUUUUCCACUUUUAAAUAAGCUGUGGUGGAGUACAGAAGAUAAGUUAGAGGUCUUAUAUAAGCAUGUAAUGACCUAUAUAUAUCUCAGUUGUUAUUGAACCCUCAUCAGUAUACAGCUAUGAUAUCAAAACCAUUUCUAGGAAAUGUAGGACGGAUCACGAAAUUGAAAGUCAAUUAAACAGGAUAAAAAGAAGGCCUCCUAAUAUAACCGACUUGAAUAAAUUAAAAAUGAUCUGACUUCAAAUGUAAAUGUGAAAGUAUAUGCUGUGCAAUAUGCAGUGCACUGCUCAACAGCACUGGAUUUUAGUGAUAACAUUCAAUUAUUUUAAUCUUGUCACUGUUAAAUACGCUGGCGGAAAGUGAUAGGAUUUCUCACAGUUUUUGGUAAAAAUAACAUGCUGGGUCCUCAAAAUAAACUUUAGGAGAGUUGGUAUUAUAUAAACACAUACUUGACCGGAGAAUGUUUAACCAUCAUUGAAUGAUGGAUUCACUUAACUUGUAUGUAUACAUAUGUUUGCCAUUGCAGCAGCAUGUAGAGCUUUAGGGGGUAACUGGUUUAUCAUUCUGCUUUAUUAACAACCUUGAUACAUGCAGUACACAUAAUAUUACUGGACUCCCUGAAAAAUGAGAUGCAUCCUGUAACUGUCUUACACUACUGAUGAAAACAGCUGCUGUUUGUACUAAAUAUUAUGUUUGAAUUUGUAUAACACUGUAAACGUUGAUGGUUAAUGAAGGUGAAGGGAUGAAGGUUUUUCUUUCUACUGUUUUAAUCACUGGUCUCGAAGUGAGAAAAACAAGUUGUUUUUAGGGCAAGGAAGUUGUUGUUUAACUGGGGUGGCACAUUUUAAUUUAUGUUGAGUUAGGAAUACCAUUAUAUUUUCUUUGAAACUAUGGAGCUUUUAAAAUUAAAGAAAUAUCACAGGUUUAUUUGUAACUGACAUAGUAUAGAAUUUAGCAAAUGUAUGUUGUAAAAUGUAUUAAUGAGCAGAAAGAACACAAUAUUUAUUUGUUGAUUAUCCAUUAUUUUGACUUGUUAUCCGUAAUAAUUAUACUGCAGAUUAAAGUCAUGUUACUGAAUAGUUGCAGAUUGGGUGUAAUUUUUAGCUGCGUUGUACCUACUUGUUGUUAGGUAUUAGCAUUUUCAAAUGUUUGCCUGGGAAUAUAUAGAAUAUAGGCUAAGAUGUGCCGUUCUGAUUUACUGUUACUUUUUCACUGAAUCACUUUCUGUUAGUUUAACCUUAGUGCCUCUCAGCAGGUGUAGUCCAGCAAUUUAUCCGUGGGGAUUUAAGCACAAGGCUGUUAGUGAUUUAAAAAAAAUGUUGUUUGUCUUAAUACUUAAUAGAGAAAAUUAUUAUAUUGAAAUGCCCCUUUGCUGAUCAGAAUGUGUGUUAAGGUGUGUUGUACAUAUUGGUGACUUAUUUAAAACACUGCUUGGUACUUGCUAGAAAUCGGUUUCCUCUCAUAACAUUCAAUAAACAGCUGUUCUGGACUAUUUCACAAAACAUGGAUCAUGUCUAAGAUAGCUUGUUUAGUAAAGAAUACUGUACUUAACAAAUGUCUUAGUUACAUGAUGUAAAAUACACGUAGACGAAAUAAAACCUAAAUAUGAUGAA